CUAUCACGUGCCAGGUCAUCAUAGCGCUUGUGAGCUCAGCUUCUCGCUUACUUCAUUGGACAUGAACCGUUUACCUUCUGUGAAUGGGAUUGGUCAUUCGCCCGGAAAUCUCCCCCCGAUCUCCGUUUUCCUUCCGUCGAACCAGCCUGGAUCCGAUCCAUCGAAUCAACCAGCAUUCAGUCCAUCGACUCAGCUACCAUUUCGUCCAUCCCAACCGUCAGCGUUCCAUCAGUACCAGCGUCCAAUAUACAACGCUUACGAGUGGCACACACAACCAACGACAACUAUUUCGACAACCAUGUCUCCUUCUUUCUUUUCGCUCCAGGACCCAGUCGGAAUAAGCCUACCACCACCAAGCCUCCCACCAUCAUUGCCGCCAGUUCAGCCGGAAAACGAUCUACCGCGUCCUCAACCAAUUCAUCCUAUGGAAUAUCAGAAUCUCCCCCCUAUGGAGCCGGUUGCCAAUCCUGCUCCUCAUAAUCCGCUGCCUUAUGUGCCCAGUUUGUAUCCGUUCAUGAAUUUCAGUACUGCGAGUCAGCCACCACUCAACCCAUCGGAUGCACAAGGCGAUCCUCCCGCUGAGAUUGUGAAUGUUGAACACGUGGACAUGGAUGUAACCCCUCCUCAGGUUCUCGACAUCGUCGCUUCUCGCGCAGAUGAGCCCGGAGUUCCAGCUGAUUUUCAGCCGCACAAGCGCUAUCCAGCACUACUUGUGCAGAUGACAAACAGAAACAACCCAGUUCUUCUCUACAAUGCGCCCAACACGGACCGCUGUUAUUCCUUCAUCUUCGCUCGCAAAGCAGGGCGUUUUGACGUCUACAUGUGCAAAGGCUGUUAUGAAAUCGUGCCGCAAGAAAUCAUUGUGCAUGUUCACGGAAAUUAUUUCCAAACCGACCCAACUAACUUGCCUCAUAUCUGCAAGCCGAAAUUGCUUAUCGAAGAGAUAUCGCAGUAUACCAAGAGGAAUGUGAAAAUGCCUCUUAAGAAGUACCUUCUCGUUCAGAAAUCGUCAAAGCCAAGUGCUACUCGUCGUGGUAAAGCGAGAAAACAUCUUCAUGUGGCUGUGGAUAAGGAUUAUGUGCCAGUCUCAGUCAGCGGCAACUAUGGGAACAGACGUGUUACCCGUGCGCAAGCUAAAAGGUCUACGGAAAUGUCUACCUCCUCAGAAUAG